UCAUGCGAGGGGAGCUAAAUUCUCGAUGUGCUGAUGGUCUCAUGAAUCGUGUAGGUUUAAGCAAAGGUGAUAUUACGCCCGGAACACCUUCUAAUCCAAGUCUAGUUCGACAGCCACCUAGUUACCAACGUAUGCACAGUAAUGAUUCAGGAAGCGGAAAAGGUUCUGACAAAGAUACAAAUGGCAACUCAGGGUUGACCAGAGAUUGACUAGAUGGUCCAUUUGCCUCGGUUACACCUACUCCACUGCCCAGUUCUUACUUACAGAUUCUGUAAGGCAAACAGUCCGUCCCGUAACUGGAUAAUCAAUUCCAACAAAUUUCCGAGGGGGUUACCUCCGCUUUAUCCUUACAUACGAAGAGGAUCAAAUACUCCCAUCUCAUCCUUGGCGUUGAUUAGCAACCCUCCAACCCCUAGUAGAUCUCGAAGUCUUGAUGGUCUCUUCGAUUCAGAACCUACUAUAGCAGCUUCACAAGCAUCUACUGAUGAACCGACUCCGUCCCAAACAGCAAAAAGUUGUGAUGACAUAGAAAAAGAAUUUAGUGACGAAAAUAAAUUAGAGACUGACACAUGUAAUUUAAAAAAGUCUACUAAGGCGCAUAGCGUGUACAAUCGCUUGGAUUAUUCCAUAGACAAUAGUGAUAUUGACAAAUCUUCGAUAUAUAGUAAUUCGAGUGAUUCUAAACGAAAAAGAAAUUUUAUGGACAGGUGUGUAAAUAAAGUGCGAUCUCUAAUUAAGAAGUAAUAUUGCCUCUAGCUUGAUAUUAUGUUAUAUUGUUUCAUGAUAAACAGAAUGCUGAUAGGUGAUAUUGUUAUUUUAUUUAUUUCAUUUUAAAUAUUCUAUGGCAACUAAAUUACUUAGUACAAAAUAUGUGCUUUUAUACAAAAUUUGUAUAAUGUAAACUGUGUGAUUAUCGAGCAGCCUUUUAAAAGUUGUUGUGGCCUAUUUUGGACACAUUUUAAAAUUAUUUAUAAGUGUUGUCAAAUAUAUAGAUUUAAAAAGAUAUUUUAUAUUGUGAUUUGGCAUUACUUAUAUUUUAUUAUUUUAAUGUGUUUUAAUAUGUAUAUUGUAUAAUUUUAAAAAGUAAUUUAAUUGCACCAAAGCUUGCUUAGUUUACAUUAAGCAAGGCCAGUAGGUAUUAAUAUAUAUUACUUAUAAAGCAUCAUUUGUAAUAUAUUACUUUGGUGUGAAUUUUACAAAUGGUGUAUUUUUUGUUUAAAUUUAUUAGUCAUUUAAUAUUUUAUAGAUAAAUAAUUGUUUUUUAUUCAUGUUACAUUUAAAAAUAUAUUUUAUUAAGA